AUGGUCGCCUUCGACAAGUGUGAGACCCGGCCUGCCCAUAUUGAGACCAUUCUCAAUGGCCUCGACCGAUACAACCCCGAGACCACCACCACCUUCCAGGACUAUGUCGCCCAGCAGUGCGAGGACCGGUCAUUCGACUGCUACGCCAACCUGGCCCUCCUGAAGCUCUUCCAGUUCAACCCCCACCUCCUCCAAGCCGACACCGUCACCAACAUCCUCGCCAAGGCUCUGACCGUGUUCCCCUCCCCCGCCUUCUCGCUCUGCCUCGCCCUGCUCCCCCCAAGCACCCAGCCCUUCCCCAACACCGACGCAGCACAAGCCGCCUCCCAGCAAUCCGACUUCGUCGAGUCCGUGCAGAAGCUCACCCGCCUCUCCACCCUCCUCGAAUCCGCCCAGUACGCCCAGUUCUGGUCCACCCUUAACUCGGACGACCUGUACGCCGACCUGACCGCCGACGUCGCGGGCUUCGAGGAACUCGUCCGCAUCCGCAUCGCCGUCGAAGUCGGCAAGACUUUCCGCUCCAUCACUGCCGAGAACCUCGAGUCUUGGCUCGAUGUUCGCAGCCGCGAUGCCCUGGACAAGUUCGUCGUUGACGUCUGUGGCUGGAAGGUCGAUGGUGCUGUCAUUCGCGUCCCUACCAACAAGGAGAACGAGGCCCGUUCUGAAGUCAAGAGCGAGCACGUUGGUAUCGAGCAGUUUGGCCGUGUUAUUCGUCGUGGUUUCGAGCUCCCCGCAUAA